AUGGGACCACACGACAGCCCGCCCGUGGCCGCUAUAUUUCUUGUCAUCUUUGAUCAAAAGAUCGGCUAUACCACCGCCUGGAAACGCAGCCUCCCAGAUAUCGAUCUCGACGGCGUUGAAUACAAGAGCUUGCCUUCCGGCCUACACGUCGUUAAAGAGGACUUGGUAUACUUCAUCCAUGGCGAAGCAUAUGCUGGCAUCAGUGCAUUCGUACAAGAGGAAGCUGAUGCAACACAACGCAAUGCGAACUUUGCAGCAGUCGGCGCGCUUGUACCGCUGACUUAUGGUCAACUGGGUCGUAGUUGGGCACAUGCUGGAGAGCUGCAAGCGUUGGCCAGAGAGGUCGUGAAGAACACAUCGGACACGCGAGCAUUGGAGUUGUUCUGGAAGCAGCACAGGUCCGAUGAGGCAGCCAGAGGAGACUCGCGACCAUCCUCACAGCCGCGGAGUGAGAGCUCGAGUGCACCUGAAGACAAGACGCGGAAGCGUGCGCCGUCAGAAGCGACUCUUGCUGGUCUCAGCGCUGGCGGAGCAUUGCCUGUCGACCAUCCAGCUUCGCAUGUGCCGGCGAUACUAGACACGUUUGGGCCGUUGCUCUUCCCUCUGCACAGAGCCGCUCUUGCUCGCAAACGUGUGUUGCUGCUUGGAACUCCUUCGGUGCAGAAACAUGCGAACAUUGUCUAUAUUGCUUCUGUGCUGUCUAGCAUUGCGCCGGCUCUGGCAGAGAGCCUUCCUGCAGAGGCAGAAACGCUCUUGCGCGCCUCGGCUCUCUUUCAGGUUGGCAUACACGAUAUAGAUUCGCUAGCUAACAGAAGCAAUGGCAAAGGCUGGCUAGCAUGUACCACUGACGAUAUUCUCGGGGAGAAGAAGCAGCUCUACGAUGUGCUUGUGCAACUCCCAUCUGUUGCACCCCACACUCAACAGAAGAUCUGGCCUACGCUGAAGACCUCUGAUGGGAGGUAUCUAAAAGCAUCACAGCGCGAUCUGGGACGAUGGACGCUGCUAAAGAGAGAGCUUCGACGCCUUCAACGACAGACAGUAGGAUUCGGCACCGAUCAGCCCAUUCCAGACCCUGCAACAGAAAGCGACGAGAGACCGCUCUUGCAGAGGCGAGGGACUAGCACUGCCCUGUAUGAGAACACCGGCUUGGAGGAUCGCGACGAAAGCGAAGCCGUGGAAGCAGCUUCGUGGGGUGCAAUGGCAUAUCGAGGAUUCAUGUGGUGGGCAUCUGCUGGUGAAGCUAGCGCCUGGGAGAACGACGACGCGAAGGCGGACGAGGAGAUUUUGUUUGACAUGCCCGAUGUCGGUGGGCUGUUUUCUGAUGGCACAAACGGCAUGCCGCCUGAUCGCGAAGGGGAAUAUUCUCGAGCUGCGGCAACGAUGGUCGUUGCAUACUUCAGAAGGGUGACCGAGGGUAUUAUGCAGACCAUGGCAGCGGUGGUGGAGCAAGCAGACGAUGAUACGGAGGAGGGUGUUCAAGCUGAUGAGCUGCAGCUUUCUGAGGACGACAUGCGAAUGAUGGGCUUGGACUGUUGGAGCCAGGAGGACAAGACUUUUACUCGAGACAUGCUGAAGCUGUGGUUCAACCGAGACGCGGUCGUGAUCGACCAAGGUGUAAGAUUAUGCGGUGUGAAGAUAUGCUAG